AUGUCGAGGUGGAUAACAAAGCGGGAUCGGGAAUACGAACAGAUACGCCUACUCCAUUUUAAUGGCCGAUUUUUCGACAUCGCCGUUUUUGUGGAUAUUAUAAUAGCUGAAUAUCUUCUCCGUGAAAUCGUUCAACGAGAACAAUUUCUAAAGAACAAGGUUCGGGCCUCAAAAAAGCUUGCCGAAGAUCAAGACAAAGAAACACGGUAUGAUGAGGCGCUUAGAAAUCUACUCCGGCAAUAUAGCGAGGCUGAGUAUGAGCUUUACCUUACCGAAACAAUGCUUCCUGUUGGGCGUAUCAAACAGUCCUAUGAUAGUCUACGACAAAACCCAACUUGGUAUCUCCGAAAAGAACUGGUCGAAGACUGUGUGAAGAGGGGGGCUGCUGUAGUCAAAGCUGUGGAUGCUGUCAAACUCGCCAUGAAAAAACUGAAAGAAACAAGGUAUUGGACAAUUGAACGAGGCUUCGAGUAUACUACAAACGAGAGAGAAUGCCUUGUCGAUGAUUUCAAACCGAAAUUAUACGACAAUAACCCAGCCUGUGUCAUCCAAAUGGCGGAGGCUUUCUUUUUGCUGCCACCGGAGGAGAAGCCCCAGGAGGAGAGAACGCAGGGCAAGAGUAAUAAGAAUUCGGCGUUGAAGCGAGUAUUCAGAAAGAGUUGA